UAGAAGCACGUCUGCAGUUGCUUCAGACAAUCAUUAUUCAUCUCACUGCCAGCAAUACCUUUGGAUGGCUUUAGCAACAAGCAUUUGAAGUUGUGACCAUCUUUUUUUGAAUUGCUGCCACCGGCAGAACACAAAUCAAAGGUAGGAAACCUUAAUGGACUUUGCAGAAGUAUUAGGAAGACCAUGUUAGGUUAAAUGGAUUACUACUGCUUUUGGGUACAAAGGAUGAAAAAGAACCUUAAAAGCAAAAAAAACUUAAGCUGUCAUAUGCACUACAGAAAGACAUUUUAAGCACAGUUAGAGUGAAUAAAAAAAGAAAAAACCCUGUUUUCUUCCAUCACAGCCCGGGAACAGGAAAUGCUACAGUAAGAGACCUUCAAGCAAACUCACCUGCCACAACACUGUUCAGACAACUGCAAAGCUUAAAGAUGCCGUUUUUUGGCUGGAUGAAAUGGCCAAAAAACGAUUCCUACAAACCCUCAAGGUAUCCUGGAUCAGAACUAGUUACAAAAACCUUGCUGAGGGAAUUGAAAUGGCACCUGAAGGAGCGUGAAAGGUUAGUACAAGAGAUAGAAAACGAGCAAAAAGUCCAGAAAACUGGCAUGGAUUACAACUGGUUGAAGAGCUACCAAAAUCCUCAAGCAACGAUUCCAGCUACUGAGCAGCGGCAGCUCGAAGUUCUGUGCUCCCAAAUCCAACCCUGCCAGACUGGAACUGUUCUCAGCAGAUUUCGUGAAGUUUUGGCAGAGAAUGAUGUUUUGCCUUGGGAAAUAGUCUACAUAUUCAAGCAAGUUUUAAAAGAUUUUCUUACUACCAUUGAGAGAGAAAACCAACAAGAGCAACUGGUAAACGUGUGGAAUACAAAUUGCUCUGAACAUUUCAGCCUGCGUGGAGACAGUUCUAACAGAUCGGAGAAAGAGGAAAUCCCUACAGUUUCAAGUUAUGUCGACAAAAACACACAAAGCAUGUUUCCCACUUUCUCUGAUAGGAUCUGGAAUCUACCAUACUACUACCCAUCAAGUUAAGUUCCUCUGUGUUGCUUUCAAAAGCUUGUAGCUGUCUGCCUUCCUUCACUGUGAUUGCCAUCCAGAAACAUAGCAAUAAGAAAUGUGACGUUCCCUUUUUACCUUAUGAGUUCAGAAACUAAAAUCCUUGAUUACAGCUAGUACGCAUUAUAUAAACUCGUAGUAUGAACUCUCUCCUCUUACCUUGGACAUUCCUUGAAGCUACUGUGUUUGAAGGAACCUUUUAACCAGAAACGUAGAUGCUGCUAAUAAAACAAGCGUUUUAUCUUUGGCAUAUCUGUAGGUAUAGAAUCAUAAACAAGAAAAGACUGCUUUCUGUAUUUUGGAAUAGCACCACUCCACAAACUGUUAGACAACAACUGCUGUAUUUACCACGUAGCUUCUAAGCUCUAUGGGGAAUUUAUACAAUGUAAGAUUUCUUAAGUAUAUUUGAUGUUAUAUUAAAUGGAUAAGUACCUUUCGGAGCUGAAUAUUUAUUUCUCAAUUUCAAGAGUAAGUCCUAAAGCAAAAGCAACAUAAAAUAACAUUUCACUGCAUAAACAGUUUCUUCAUUUGUCUGAACUCU